UGGACCUCCGCUGUGGGCGGGGCCCCGUCCGGCGUCGGCAGCGCGAGGCGCGGAAGCGACCAGUUCUGAGGCAGCGCGCGCCGGAACGCUCGCCUGUCUCGAGUCGCUGACCGUCGGAGGGGAAGCAGCGCGUGAGAGAGCCGCCCGCGAAAGGGAGACGCGCAAGUGCCUACAUAACGCUCCUUCACAGCAAGAGGAACUACUUUACUUACUUCCCUCACGCGCGGAGGACCAUUUUACCCACGCACAGUAUCAUCAUGGCAGUCAUGGGGAGCGUUGCGCGGCUCUUCCACUUUAUCAGAUACAGCAGUACCAUAAACCAUAGUUUGAAUGUGCCGUUCAGAUGGCGGUCAACAGCAGCUGCUGCAGCCAUUGCCAAGCCAUCCACACAGCAUGACCCUCAGUCACAGGAAAAUAGAAAACCCAAAACAGGAAUUCUUAUGCUCAAUAUGGGUGGCCCUGAGAAAUUGGAUGAUGUCCAUGAUUUCCUCUUCCGGCUUUUCAUGGACAGAGAUCUCAUGACACUUCCUGUACAAAAUAAGUUGGGGCCAUUUAUUGCAAAGCGACGUACUCCUAAAAUUCAGGAGCAGUACAGCAAGAUUGGAGGUGGCUCCCCUAUUAAAAAGUGGACUACUAUGCAGGGUGAGGGGAUGGUGAAGCUCCUGGAUGAGAUGUCCCGUGAAACUGCGCCGCACAAGUUCUACAUUGGGUUCCGGUACGUGCAUCCGCUGACGGAGAGUGCCAUUGAGGAGAUGGAGCGGGAUGGAGUGGAGAGAGCAGUUGCGUUCACACAGUAUCCCCAGUAUAGCUGCUCAACCACAGGCAGCAGCCUGAAUGCCAUCUACCGUUAUUAUAGUGACAGAGGAGAAAGGCCCAAGAUGCGCUGGAGUGUGAUAGACAGGUGGCCAACUCACCCAUUGCUCAUUGAGUGCUUUGCACAACAUGUCCUCAAUGAACUUGAAAAGUUCCCGGCAGAAAAAAGAGACGAUGUUGUGAUUCUCUUCUCUGCGCAUUCAUUACCCAUGUCUGUGGUCAACCGAGGUGACCCCUAUCCUCAAGAAGUGGGGGCGACUGUUCAGAGGGUGAUGGAGAGACUGCAACAUUGUAACCCCUACCGCCUGGUGUGGCAGUCCAAGGUAGGACCCAUGCCCUGGCUUGGCCCUCAGACAGACGAAGUCAUCAAGGGUCUCUGCCAGCGGGGGAAGAAGAAUAUCUUGCUGGUUCCUAUAGCCUUCACCAGCGAUCAUAUUGAGACUCUACAUGAGCUGGACAUUGAGUACUCCCAAGUACUUGGGGAAGAGUGUGGGGUGGAAAAUAUCAGAAGAGCGGAGUCAUUAAAUGGAAACCCUCUGUUCUUUAAGGCUCUGGCAGACCUGGUACACUCGCACCUGAGAUCCAAUGAGCCCUGCUCCCGACAGUUGACCCUGCGAUGCCCGCUUUGUGUCAACCCCACCUGCGGACAAGCUAAGGCCUUCUUUGCCAACCAGAAGCUCUGAGUGCAUCAUCCUUAUUUCAAAUAGAUGUGGAAGUAAGGCAAAAUAAGAGGUUUAAACAUUUCUUUCACCUUUCAAGACACUGGUUUAACUCUUAAAGCCUUGGCUCCACAUAAUGACUCUUACCACUUACAUUCCAGCAUGUCUAUGGAAAGUGCAUCCCACCGUGCUGAAGACCAGAAAGAUCGAAUGAAUAAUUUCAUAUCCUCACUGUGCAAAGAGACAAUGUCAGGGUGUUAAAUGGAGCAGUGUUUUGUCUUUUCCUGCUUUUGGGCUUCCCUCAUCUGAGAUAUACACUGGUGUGUUCAACUGGCCAGAUGAGCUUUAGCUUCCAUAAGUUCAGUUCUUUGGAUCUGCUAAUGUACUAUUGUCCAAAUGUUUUGGCAAAAGAAACACAGCAGAGAAUGUUUUUGUGCAAAGGCAAAAUCAGCUAACAAUGAAAUAAAUUUACUAAUGUUUUGUUUGUUUUCAAAGUAACUUGCAUUUAUUUUUUUCUUGCAAAAUGUCCUACAGCUGCUGUCAAACAGCAUUUAUUUAUAUCUGAUUGUUGCCUAAUUUUUGCUUACUUGUUUUGAAGUUUGUCUCCCUGUUGUAACUGGGUUUACAUCCAUUACCAGUGUUUGCAGGUGCUAAACAGACUCCAGUUCAGCUCAUGCUCUCUUGUACUGGUGGUCCUCUGCUGUGGACCUUGAACAUUUUGCUGCAGUUUAGCCUGCGUUGCCUCUUAAGCUCAGCUUCAUCCCUUCACUAUUGCACUAAAACAAAGUGGAUUAAAGGUAUAAAUGCAUUUAUCUCAUGGAUGGAAAAAGCAUGCUUUAUACGUGGUUAAAAAUGUUGUCAAGGGAUGCUAGCAGGGUUCAUUUUGUUAGUACCACUUCCAUGUUAUGGGAGUCGCAUAUGGCGUAAAGAAAAAAGUUGUCAUGCUGGAAACAUGGUUUGUGUAUAUGUUAGCAGCUGUGAUAUGCUCAAAAUGUCAGUUGGAAAUAACAUGUCUUUUGUAUUAGCUGUCAGCUGAGCCGUUAAGUGUGUGUGUAUAUAUAGCCUUAAUGGGGGGGUUCAACAAAGUCUUCCUUCAAUAAAACAUGA